CUCUUUCACUUUCUUCCAUGGAUUACUAAAUUCCUUAAUCCUGGGAAAAUCACACCAAUCAACUUUUGUGAAUUGUAACCCUAAUCGAUUCUACAGCGAAAUCUACCUAUUUCAUGCUUGGGUUUGAUUAGUGUUUUUCCAGAAUCUGGGACUUCGCAGGAAUUGCGCUAAUUUUCAAUCGAUUUUGCAGAAGUUUGUUGCUCCUGGAAUAGAAAUCGAAGAUGAAGAAGUACGGAUUGCAAAUCAGAGCUCCUUCCCAGAAAAAACAAUCAUCAUCUCGACCUCCACUUCGACCCGCUUCAAUAUUUGAUGAAGAAGAAGAUCACGACGUCGAGAAGGAGAUUUCUCGUCAAGCAACAAAGACCAAAGCUCAUAAAGAAAUUGAGGAGCAGCAUAAGAAAGCCUUAGAGGAGGAUCCUUCUGCUUUUUCAUAUGAUGAAGUUUAUGAUGAUAUGAAACAGAAAGCUGUUCUUCCUCGAAUGCAAGAUCGUGAAGAACGCAAGCCAAGGUAUAUACAGAAUUUGAUGAAACAGGCAGAACGUAGAGAGAAAGAACAUGAGAUAGUUUAUGAGAGAAAGCUUGCGAAAGAGAGGGAGAAAGACGAACAUCUUUUUUCGGAUAAAGAAAAGUUUGUUACUGGCGCUUAUAAAAGGAAACUUGAGGAACAAAAGAAAUGGCUGGCAGAAGAAAGAUUGCGUGAACUUCGUGAGGAAAGAGAUGAUGUUACUAAGAAGAAAGAUUUGAGUGAUUUCUACUUCAACAUUGGAAAAAAUGUCGCUUUUGGAGCUCGAGAAGUCGAAGCUAAAGAGGCAGAGAAGCUCGAGGAACAAAGAAAGGCAGAGAAGCUCGAGGAACAAAGAAAGGCAGAGAAGCUCGAGGAGCUGAGAAAAGAAGUAACAAGGGUAGAGAAGAAACGAAAAUCACCGGAGAAGGAAGUAUCUCCUGACUCGGGAGAAUUUGGAUCAAGUCGUAGCAAAAGUUUGGAGCCACUAGAAGCAGAGCAAGCAGUUUCUGAAAAGGAGAUGGGUUCAGAUGGCACUGAAGAGAGAAAGUCAUCAAUCAAAGAGGCAGCAAAAGAAGUGCCGAAAGCCAUUAACGACCAGAAGAGAAGAGAGGAUGCGAUCGCUGCCGCUAAAGAGAGGUUCCUGGCCCGUAAGAAGGCAAAAAUUGAAGAGUAUGUGCAACUUGGCUGAUUUCAGUCCAAUAGUUAAAUCUUGGUGAACUUGUCUUCUUCUGAUUAUCGACCACCCUCUUUUUUAUAAGUAACUUUUCAAGAUAACGCUUCUUAUAUUACAGGGUCUACUUCCAUUACAAAUGCAAUAGGUUUGAUGGUUAAUAAAGAAGAGAACGAACAAAGAAAAAUCCCCUACGUUGAGAUGCACAUUGUCAGGGUCAGUUUAAAUGUCCUAGUGGAUCAAAUUGAAUGGUAUAUAGGAAAAAGUAAAAGUUAGAAAAUUG